AUGAACCCCCCCCCCAAAAAACAGAAGAAGCUCGGCGGCUACACCAUAAGUGGCAGGGACCGCGGCAGGCGAUCAUGGGAAGAUUGGGAAAGAGGGCACCGGUCUUUCGCGACGGUGACAGGAGUUCAAAAUAAGGAGGCCAGCAUCGCGGCGUGCGGCGGUGGCGGCCAGCACGAGGUCGAGAGAGAAACGUCGAGUCGCAUCCAGCCCCCGUCCCUGCCGUUGUCUGCCUCUAGCGCGGGGGGAAGUUCGUCGUCGGAAAGAAGAUUAUUACCGGAAAAUUCUUGUGGAGGAGAGCUUGUGGCCGGGGAGGAGGAAGAGGUAGGGGAAGCGGUUCACCCCGUCGCGGUGGCGGCGGCGGCGGUGGCGGAGGCGAAGGCGGACCCCGCCGACCCGUUCCACGGCGAUCUCCCCCUCGCCCGGGAGCAGCGGCUGAAGAUGGCGGUGGCGGAAACGGGGUCCGCAACGGUGGAGGCAGCAGCUUCUACGGCGAGCCUGAACGGCCACAAUCGCGGUGGUGGUGGUGGUGGUGGUGGUGCCUCCGCCGCCGGCCGACCACCCCCUCCUUCCGCCUUUGCCGGGGGGGGCUCUCGCGCUGCCGGCACCGACGAUAGGGCACGACGCGGCGGCGGCGUCAGUAGUAGCAGCAAUGGCCUACAGGGCGGCGACAGGAAGAAGGACGAUUCGGCGCGGAUGCGCAGGUACUUGCCGGGUACGAAGGGCACCGGGCAGCAGCACUCCCUCGGGGCGGCAAGGGGGGAGGGGGCUCCGCAGCCGCGAUCCUCGCCCGGACGGAAGGACAAGGACCCACCCGUCGAAGGGAAGAAUGGGGGGAAGGACAUGGCUUCGGAGGCGGAAUCUAGGGCGGAGGAGCCGGCACUGCUGUCGUCUCGAAGAAAGGGGGCGGUGAAUAAGACUUCUAGCGGCGGCGGCGGCGGUGGCGGGGAGCAGCAGCACCCUGACGACGACAAGGCAGCGGCGGAGGACGCCUCGACGCAGCAGCAGCGCCAUCAGCGGAAGUGCCCGCCGGCCGUGGGGUUUGUCGGCGGCUUCCGGGAUGUCCCCGUCGGUGCCCCUUCCUCCGGCCGGAGAAAAUCCACCACGGAAGCGUUGAUCCACGCCCUAAGCGAGCCGCUCAAGCCAAGCCCGCGCCACGCGGCCGGCGCAGAAGCGAGCGUUGGGCUCGGUGGAGGUGAGUUCCCGAAGACGUCAGGCCGCUGGCCGACCACCACUAAGGCCAGCAACGGCAAGGGGGCAACGGCGGUACAGCAAGGCAGGAGCGGCGGCGGCAGCGGAGGCGGCGGCAGGCCGCGGCCGAACGCGAGGGACGCCUUCUCGAGGGUGGCGCUAGACGAGCGCUCCAGGGAGAUGGCUCCUCCCAACCGCAACGUGACCAUCACCUUCGACCCGGGCGCCUCGACCCUGCUCGGGUGCAUCACCGCCAACACGGAUGUGUACGGCCCCGCGCUGUGCUCGGACACGGCGGCGACGCUGACCCGGGAGGAGACGGCGGCGUACCUGGAGCGGUGGGUGCUGAUCGCCGUCAAGCACGGGGUCCUGCCGAGGGAGCUAAGGGCGUUGCUCCAGGAUGAGGGCCACGGCCAAAGGGGGGGCACGCCCGGCUACUACUCCGUACGGGAGGAAGGUAGAGAGACUGCCGCUUCCACCGGGACAGUGGGAGAGGACGGUGGCGGUCCCUACCGCGUGGGAGGGCGCAGCGGUACCGGUGGAACAGGGUCCUCGUCUCCUCACGGCCUCGGUGGCGACAGUGUCACGAGCGUGUCGUGGACGAAGUACGGCUGGAACCGUUUCGACGUAGCCGCCCCUUCCGCGGGCGUGGCGGGGGACGUGCAGACGCCGCAGCCACGGACGCAGCGGCGGCGGCGGCGGCGACGGCAGCUGGCCUUGGACGACGAGGAGGUGGAAGAAGAAGAAGAGAUGGAGAACAUCGCCGAGGCCUUGGUCGGGGCGGCCCCCUGGAGGAGGGAGGGGCGUUCCCGACCCCCAGAUCCCGUCGUUGGUACCGGGGGGGGUUCCUCUUUCCCCCCCUCCGAGCGCCGGGGGGGGGGGGGGGGUUCCGCGAACGGCGAGAAGCAGCAACAAGCUUCCCUGGGGUGGCGAGUGCUGGAGGUGGUCGAGGCCAGGUUCGAGUCGGGGCUGCACCCCCCGCGGAUCGUCGCGAUCGGAGACGUCCACGGCUGCGUGAACGAGAUGAAGGACUUGGUGCGGAAGGUGGAGUACUGGCCCGGCGACCUGCUCCUGUUUCUCGGCGACUUGGUGGCCAAGGGACCCAACAGCGCGGGGGUUGUGCGGACCGCCAGGGAGUUGGGAGGCGUGUCCGUGAGGGGGAACCACGAGUUUGAGGUUCUGCGGUGGCUUAAUGUGGGCGAGAAUGAGAACGGGAGGGGACCCUCCGCCCACCACCAGAUCGCCAUGUCGCUCGGCGAAGAUGAUGGUCUCUGGCUCAAGAAUAGCCCAUGGUACUUCCAGUGCGAAGAGCUAGACGCCCUGUUCGUCCACGCCGGCUUCAUCCCGGGGGUUAGCAUGAAGAGGCAGAACCCGAGAAUGAUGAUGAACAUGCGUUCUCUCACCCUCGAAGGGGGCGCGCCUACAUCCAAAGUCGUUGAAAACAGACCCUGGGCCAGGGAGUGGGCCGGCCCGGACACGGUGUUUUUCGGACACGACGCCGCCCGCGGCCUUCAGGUUCUAGACCAAGCCAUGGGGCUGGACACGGGCUGCGUUUAUGGGGGCAGACUGACGGCGUGCAUCCUGCCGGAGCGCAGGCUAGUAAGCGUGGCCAGCAAGGCUGCCUACAUGCAGUACCGGAAGAAGCGGAGAAGAAGCGUCCGUGGUAGUGGUGCAGGCGGCGGGUGGAGCGAGCAGAGGGGUAGGGGCGGUGGUGAUAACGGUAACGGUGGCACCGGCGGCGACGAGAGAAACGACGGCCGCCUUCGCUCGCCGUACGACAAGCUAUCACCGGGGUAA